AUGGCAAGUUCAGAUCUUGAUUCUGAAAUAUUUGUGAAGCAGUUUUACAUCCCAGAUCAUAUAUUUGUGCCGAACUGCACAGCCAAUUGUCUGCCUAAUAUACCUGAAUGCCCUGUUCUGGUAUUCAUCAAUUCUAAAAGUGGUGGUCAAUUAGGUGGAGAUCUUCUAAUCACUUGCCGCUCAGUACUGAACAAAAACCAGGUUUUUGAUUUAGGAGAAGAGGCUCCUGAAAUUGUGCUACGUAAGCUUUAUCUCAAUCUGGAAAGGCUCAAGCUUAAUGCGGAUAAAUUGGCUACUAAACUCGAGGAGCACUUGAAAAUAAUUGUUGCAGGUGGAGAUGGCACAGCUGGCUGGCUUCUUGGGGUUGUUUCUGAUCUCAAAUUGUCUCAUCCACCAUCUAUUGCUACAAUGCCUCUUGGAACUGGAAAUAACCUUCCAUUUGCAUUUGGCUGGGGAAAGAAAAAUCCAGGAACUGAUCGUAAUUCCGUUCUCUCAUUCUUGGAUAAAGUACAGAGAGCGAAAGAAAUGAAGAUAGAUAGCUGGCACAUGCUCAUGAGGAUGAAAGUGCCAAAAGAUGGUUCUUGUGAUCCAAUUGCCCCACUGGAGUUGCCACAUUCAUUGCAUGCAUUUCAUCAGGUAUCUUCAACGGAUGAUCUCAAUGUGGAAGGUAGAAUCACAUUUCGUGGAGGAUUUUGGAAUUACUUCAGCAUGGGGAUGGAUGCACAAGUGUCUUACGCGUUCCAUUCUGAACGAAAGCUGCAUCCAGAAAAAUUCAAGAACCAGCUGGUUAAUCAGAGUACAUAUGCAAAGCUUGGAUGCACGCAAGGAUGGUUCUUUGCUCCUCUUGUUCACCAUUCUUCAAAGAAUAUAGCUCAACUUGCCAAGGUCAAGAUCAUGGAAAGACAUGGUGAUUGGCAAGAUCUACAUAUUCCCCACAGCAUCAGGUCCAUUGUAUGUCUCAACUUACCUAGCUUCUCUGGUGGACUAAAUCCUUGGGGAACACCGAAUAUAAAUAAAAGACGUGAUAGAGUCUUGACCCCACCUCUCGUCGAUGAUGGCAUUCUAGAGAUUGUUGGUUUUAAAAAUGCUUGGCAUGGACUGGUUUUGCUUGCUCCUAACGGUCAUGGGACACGUCUUGCACAGGCACAUAGAAUACGUUUUGAGUUUCACAAGGGUGGUGCUGAUCACACCUUCAUGAGGGUUGAUGGUGAACCAUGGAAACAGCCCCUUCCUGUGGAUGAUGACACUGUUGUUGUAGAGAUCUCUCAUCUCGGCCAAGUGAAGAUGCUUGCUACCCAUGACUGCAGAUCCAAAAGUGUUCAAGACCCCUCAUCUCACAACAUUCAGGAUGCAGAUGAAAGGGAUAGCGACAAUGAAGAUGAGUCUGUAGGGGAAGAAUGGAGAAAAUUCGGGGCAGCAGAUACAUUCAAGAUUCUGGACGAGGUUGACAUUUCUCAUCUUAGUUAA